AUGGACAUCAUUUCUACCGGAGAGAGGAUUGAGACGGCCAUCAAAGUUGGAAGAACUAAAAGUAUUAGUACAGAGACUGGUCUAGGCAAGAAGUGGACAAGCAAGAAGAAGGAAGAAGAGGUCCAUAUGGUUCGAAGGCAACAAUAUCAAAGAGAGCAUGGCCAAGGGACUAGGGGGAAUUUUGUUUUCGAACCCUCUGUCAAUCAGACAGUUCAUACAGGCGCAAGACCCCAAGUUGUUCCUUCCGGGACCAUGCCUACCCAACCGAAUGUGCGAACACAUGAUAGAGGCAUACAGAGAAAUGUGAGAAGGAUAGAUCCUAUUCCAAUGACAUACUCAGAAUUAUUCCCACAAUUGAUGGAAAGGAACUUAGUUUUAGUCAUUCCUGGAACGGUCGUUACGGCACCUUUUCCACAAUGGUAUGACCCCGAAGCCAAGUGUGCGUAUCACGCUAACACUCCCGGGCACACUAUUGAGCGUUGUUGGGUAUUCAAAAAUAAGGUUCAAACACUAAGAGAAGCCAGAUGGCUAGCAUUUGAUGAUAAACAACCAGGAAUUCAAGGGAACCCUUUGCCCAAUCAUGGGGGUAACAAUGUCAGAAUGAUAGAAGAAGGGACGAAUGAAGUGGAUUUUGAACAAAUGUCUCUAGAUUGGGUGUUCAAUGAACUUAUUGCGGCAGGUCAAAUAGGGCAGGAGGCCGUUUGCCCUACCAAUGCACCUUGUUUAUGUCAGAGUAAAGAAGGAAGAUCUGUGAAACAGUGUGUAACUUUUAGAAUGUUUUUGCAAAAGAUGGUGGAUAACAAGUCUAUAGAGAUCGGUUGUACCCGCAAAGGUGGAGAGAUUGCAGUCAUUGGGGAAAACAGGCCAGUAUAUCAUCAAUGCACUAAUCAACCAUUCAUACCUACCAUGAACAAGGCCCUUCCCACGCAGGAAGUGCCAGCUCGCUUGGUGAUCUCUACUCCCAGGCCAUUCCCAUACAAAAGUAACCAAGCAGUGCCCUGGAAAUAUGAAUGCGAAGCGUAUGUCGAAGGAAGCACCAGCAAUAUAGCGGGGGUAAAAGGGAUAACCCGAAGUGGUAGGGUGUAUAUGCCAGAGUCUUCUAAAUCAAAUCAACAAAAUGUGGGAGAGCCAGACAGGGCAGUGAAAAUUCCAAUAUCUAAUGGAGAGGCCGAAGAAUUCCGGAAGAUAAUAAAGCAUAGUGAGUACAACAUUGUGGACCAACUAAAGAAAAUGCCGGCACACAUAUCUAUUUUGUCACUUCUACUAAAUUCAGAGACCCAUCGGGAGGCGUUACUUAAAGUCCUAAAUCAAGCCUACAUUCCCCAAGAUAUCAGCGUUGAUAAAUUCAAUCAUGUGAUCGAAAGUCUGGCAGCCUCCAACUACAUCACGUUUACUGAUGAAGAAAUUCCGCCAGAAGGCCAGGGGCAUAACAAGGCGCUGCAUAUAUCCACCAAAUGUAAGGAUCACAUGAUGUCUCGAGUCUUAAUAGAUAAUGGGUCAUCCCUCAAUGUUAUGCCAAUGACUACACUGCAAAGGUUACCCAUUGAUCCUUCUUAUGUGACACCAAACAAUUUGGUGGUGCGUGCCUUCGAUUAA